GCUGACAAAUCCGAUGAAAAAUUCCAUCGACGUGCUUCUGUGAAAAUGGGCGUACGUGUGAUUUAUCGCACAGAUGUUUUUAAUCAUGGCAUUACUGGUCCGGAAAAUUUCGCCGCCUUAGUUAAUAAUCCAGUAUCCUCACCACCACCCCAGGCUAUGACCUCUACGAAUACUCAUUCUACUAUAGCUUCCUCUUUAAGUACUCAUACUACCAUAAGUGAAACACAAUCGGAUACAGUGACUCAUCAUUUACAUCAGCAGCAGCAACAUUUGCAGCUACAAGAAACUGGGAAUGCUGAAACAUCUUUACAUGCUACAAAUGCCCAUGAAACACGUUCGUUUGCUAAAGUUCGUAAAUCUGAUAGGGGUGACUCUUUUCCUAAGCUACGUUUGUCACCGAAAACGUUUCGUUUUAGCAAUCGUUUUGGUCGCAGCAAAAGUGAGGUGGAAAAGUGUCCUAAUGAUCCGUUUCAUAAUUAUAGUAAAUCAUUUCAAGAGUAUGACAGUGUUUGCACCACCAACUUAAGUGGUGGCCCUCAGGGUGCUGUGGAUAAACCCUUUCUGCUACAAGAUGGUCGUGUGGGUUUACGUGCCAGUUUGGAUAAAUCCUGGUAUACACAUGGUGAGGAUGUUUGUGUCACCAUAAAUAUACGCAAUGACAGUAGAAAGACUGUAAGAAAAAUUCGUAUGAAUUGUUAA